CGGCGUUCCACCCACAAACUGACGGUCAGACCGAAGUCAUGAACCGCGGCGUGGAAGAAUAUCUACACGCGUAUGUCGUGGAGAAACCCAAACAGUGGUUGCUGCUCUUGCCGUGGGCCGAAUUCGCCAUUAAUACCAGCUACCAUUCGGGCCUGCGCAUGACUCCGUUCCAAGCCUUAUAUGGUCGUGCACCGCCGUCAAUUUUGCCAUAUUCUGGUGGGGAGUGUGAGGUGCCAGCUGUUGAUGAACUCUUGAGCGAACGGACUGCGUUGUUGCACCGGCUCCGGGAUAACCUUCAUGCCGCCCAAGAACCGUCACUGAUCAGUACAACUGUGACAUUGGUCAACAAUAUCUUUCUCGGACAUUCCUCAAGAGCCACUGCAAUAUACAUGCCAAAAUCUACUAACGGGCUGUUUGGCAACUUCUGAAUAGGUAAGUGCUGAACCAGUAAGAGGUCUGAACCAUUAAGUGCUGAACCAGUUAGAGGUCUGAACCAUUAAGAGCUAGUAUAUUGCUUAACUAUUCAGAGGCAAAUGUCUGAUCAAUUCAGAUAAGAGGUCUUAACCAUUCAGACUCUGUAUAAUACUUAACCAUUCAGAGGCAAAUCUCUUAACCAUUCAGACAUCUGAACCAUUAAGAGGCUGAAACAAAUAGUCUGAACCAUU